GUUUUAGAGGGGAAGUCAUUGUCGUGGAUGAGCGCCGACAUACGAAUACGAAAAACACAACAUAACAUGCUGUCCCGCAUGUAUGUCCAGUGUAUGAGUGACCACAAUACCAUCCAGGACAGUUAUAAUAUGAAAUAUAAAGGCCUAAUAAAACAACAGUAUGCUAUAACUAAUCGGUCGGUGACCGAUAUUGAGCUAGAUGAAAUGCUAAAUAGUGGUGAUUUACACGUUUUUGUCGAGGGAUUCCUAUCAGACAAACAACAGGCCAAACAAAUGCUUUGGGAUAUUGAGGUCCGACAUCGGGAUAUCAUAAGACUCGAGAAGAGUAUUAAAGAAAUAUACGAUUUAUUUAGUAGUGUUGAACUACUAGUAACUGACCAGGGCGAAAUAAUGGACAGAAUCGAGGAACAGGUGAUUAGAGCCAAAGAAUAUAUAGAAAAGGCUAACUUGGAGAUAGAGACCACUCGCAAACAUAAGGGAAAUGCAUAUAAAUACCGAAUUACAUGUCUGGCCAUCGUUGUGGCUAUUAUUGUAAUAUUAAUUGUUACAUUUAUAAUAAUAACUUAA